AUGUCCAACUCAUUCCCGCCUCAACUGGAGCGCAAGAACUCAGAUCCUGGGCCCUACGCGCCGCUCUUGGGAAGCACCGCCCCGCCAGACUCCAACGUGAGCCAGUACCAGACGGGGUACUAUGACAGGGCCCCCGCGAAAGAGUUGGACAAGAUGGCCCCACAGGAUUACCGCGACCCGUACAGCGAACCUCACCGGCAGAACAGCGACCCAUACCGCCAAAACAGCGACAACUAUAGACAGGACGACUACUCGCCAGACAACUACCGCGAUCCAUACAAUUUCGAGCAUGGCCGAUAUGACGAGCGGCCGUACCGCAACGACGCGUUUGACCCUCAGCGGCGCGACGAGCCGGACCCUUUUGCGCGCUCGCCCAGCCGGGAGGCGCGUCACCAUGAGAGAGCCGGAGGCGAUCCAUACGCCCCCGACAACUAUAAUGCGUAUGGGAACAGUGGUAGUAACGGCGACAUGGAGCUUCGACCUAUGGGACCUCAAAAGACCAACCGCUUGAUGACACCGCCCUCUGCGCUGAGCGCCAAGGAUUCGCUGCUGUUUGCCACUGGGCUCGAUCGCGUGUUCCGUCUCGUGGGAGUGAAGAUGGGAGAGUCGGCCGACCAGGUCGUCCAGCGCCGCCGACAGGGCAUGCCUGGGCAACGGUGGCCGGUUAUGGCGUAUCUGUUGACAGUCAUCAUGUGCGCCGUCAUGGUGUACGAGCUCGUCGCCAACAGCAAAGCGCAGGGCUCACCAAUCUCGACCAAGCCCUAUUUCAACUUUAUGAUCGGUCCGUCUUCAACUGUGCUGAUCAACAUCGGCGCGCGCUUUGCACCGUGCAUGCGCCUCGUCCCUGGCAUUCAACCCAGCCUCCAGAUGGCGUGCCCUUCCAACACGGCCAACCCUCCCACCGAGCUCUGCACGGUCGAGGAGAUCUGCGGGCACGGCGGGUUCCCAAGCGGCGUGCCAGACCAGUCGUGGCGUUUCUUCAGUCCCAUCUUCCUGCACGUCGGCAUCAUCCAUCUCCUCGUCAACAUGUUUGCGCAGGUGACGAUGAACGGCCCAAUGGAGCGCAUGAUGGGCACUAUCCCUUGGCUGAUCGUGUACAUUGCUGGCGGUAUCUACGGCAACAUACUGGGUGGAAGCUUCUCGCUCGCCGGUAUCCCAUCGGCAGGUGCCAGUGGUGCCAUCUUUGCGAUCGAAGCGUGCGCGAUUGUCGACCUUGCGUUGCACUGGAAGUACGAGGCGCGUCCAAAGUUCAAGGCAAGUGGCACAGCCGUCGAGGUCUAA